UAAUGGCAUUCUCACAUUUGAUAAAUUGUCUUUUGUUAGCAUUUGGACCUUUCUUUGUUGUAUACAAAGCAAGAUAACUGUAAGAUUUACUUAUUUAUUCUAGUGCUGAACAAGGAGCCUAUAAGACUGUAUUGAUUAGCAUUUUAGGAUGUUUGCUAACAUAAUUUUGUAAAUUGUUUCUGUUGGCCUCAUUAUCUGUGAUUACAGAAUAAUUCAUUCAUGUAAGGGAUGACAAUAAAAUUGUAGAUUAAAUUGCUAUUUGAUUUGAUUGAUUGUUAUGGAAUCAUUUUAGUAUCAAAAUAAAAGACUAAUAUUGAUGAUAAAAUAAGCAGAAUAUUUGCAAUUGCAAUAGGAUGGGCAUUGAUGGAUUGUGUAAUGAAACAUCUUUUCACUUUUAUUCCAAAUGCUACAACUGAUGAAUUUACAUGGACAUUUAUUUUAAGAGGAAUUACUGCAAAUAUAGAGUUUGUAUAUAUAUUAUUUUAAAUUAGUUUGAAACAUUGUUCUUAGUAGGAUUAUUAUAAUCAAAAAAUAAAAUUAGUUAUGCCAUGAUAUUAUUUAAGGUUCUUGUACUUCCCAAUUUCCAAGAUAUCAUCACUAGAGGAGGAUUGUCUUCAAUAUACAUGUUUGUGUCUAGAUUUGUUAUAUGAGUU